AGCAAAUUUAUCCGGGACCAUGGCGUCUUUGACAUCGUUUCAUUAUCAUGUGAACAAGUAAAGAACUCUAUUUCUUAAAUUUUGUUUAUUAACAUUUUUGCAAGGAUUUCAAUCGAUCUAAACAGAAUAAACAUGCCCACCAGUGGCCAAAUGGAUAAAACCAUUGAACACUGAAAGUGAAUUCGCGCCUGGCCAACGGUCUGGCCACGUGGAGUUUUCCGGAUUUUCUCCGUUUUCUCGUGUUUGUAACUCUUAAAUAGGGACCAGUUUCCCAUAAAAGACAAAAUGUACAGCAACAUGCGGAUUGCACAAAAAGCACAUAAUCCGGCAUUCACGAUAAUCUGGCAUUACUGUAAUGGGAUUAACGAACUUCUCCUGUUUAUUUAUUAGUUUGGAACUUUCAAUUUUUAAAUAUUUGGUUUAUUUAACACUGCGGUAAACAGGACAACGUGUUACAAACAUAAUAUUGUAUUUAUAUUUGUUGAACAAAUUAUCUAGUAUAAUAUUUCGCAUGGCUGAAAUUUAAAUAAUACAUUACUGUAUAACACAGCGAAAACAAUAUAAUAUAAUUUCGCAGAUAAUAUCUUGUAAAGAUGGAAUAUUUUUUCAGACUAAAAAAUACUUUUGUAUUCAUGUAUUUAAUCUACUGUUUUAAUGUCUCUGCCACUGUGAAUGGAACUCAUUCAACAAUUACGAAAAGAAUAGUUGGAGGUACUGCGGCCAAAAAUGGCGAAUUUCCGUACAUAAUGUCUAUUUUCCAUUUGAAAAGAUAUCGUGGUGCAUUUUCCAUGAUUACUACACAAACGGCAAUUGGCGCAGCUCAUAUGUUAUAUGGAAAUGCCGUCGAAGAUCUUGAAGGAAGAAUAUGCGAUGUUAAUAAAUUCAAUGGAAAAUUAGUUUACUUCGAUAGAAAAGUCUUACAUCCAGACUUCCAACGAACAAAUAUUAAUGAUAUUGGCCUUUUAAUUUUGAAUCACUCUAUUUGUGAUUUGUGUGAUAUUAAUCCAAUUGCAUUACCGGCUAGACGGAGAUCAUUUGUACGCGGGUAUGCGAAAAUGGUGGGUUGGGGAUGGAUAGGACCAAACCGUAGAGAUAAAACAAUAAAUCUUAUUGUCGCUGACGUACGAUUAAUCGAUCCGAGACCAUAUAAAUAUUUUUUUAACAUUACUCUGACCGGUAAAGAGAUUCUAACGAAAACACCAGGAAUUCGUGCUAUGCCCGGUGAUUCGGGUUCUCCAUUAAUUUACACAGAUGACUGCGGUAAUCAACUCCUUAUUGGAGUAAUGAGUGGAGGCGUUCAUGAUGACGAAGAAGCUCCUGACAUUUUCGCAUCCACUAGUGCAUAUUAUCAUUUCAUUAAAGAAAACUCUGUGGGCGAACCCAUAUUUUUAGAUGAGUAACGUUAUAAAUGGAAUGAUAAAGAGAUAGAGUAAUAAAAUAAUAUCUAGAAUUUUUUGUCUGUCUGACUUCUAGCAUUUCUUAAUAAGCAGCAACAUAGUUCUAACACCUUCCUCCUAAUAAUGGAUCUCUUUGUCAAAUUUCCCAUCAGUGGCCGUGUAGAUUAAAAACAUUGGAGGCCCACCAGUGGCCAAGCGGUCUUCGUUCCCUGAACAUUGGGAGUUCGAUCGUGGGUUCGCGCCUCGCUCGGACGGGCUGGUCACGUGGAGUUUUCAGGGUUUACUCCACGUCUGUAACAUUUAAAUAGGGGCCAGUUUCCCUUGAAAGAGCUCCCGGAAGGCAGAUCGCCCAAGUGUUGCGUUGCCAUAACUAAACAAACAAACAGAACAUUGAUCGUGAGUUGGGAGUCCAGGUGUUGUCUUUACCUGUCUACAUCUAAAGAGGGGCAAGUUUCCGUUAAAAACCUCUCUCGUGAGGCAUCUUUUUUGUGGAAAAUCGCUUAUGUCUUACCUUACACCAGUGUUUCCCAACCUUUUUUGUGCUAUGCCCCACCUAAGCCUUUCUAAAAUUCUCAUGCCCCCCAAACAUAUACAGUGGCUAUACCAGGCAUGGCCAACAUACGGCCUGUCUAACGAAUUUAUGUGGCCCGCGAUUAAUCUUUCAAUAUUAGCUACUCAAGUCCGAAUAGCUCGAUGAAAAAUUCUGAUGCCUAAAAAAAAAAAAAAAAAAAUAGGUCAACAACUCAUUUUCAAAUUGCCCCCCUUAACAAUCGAAUUGCCCCCUUGUGGGGCGUGGGCCCCACAUUGGGAAACACUGCCUUACACCGUGAGAAUUACAGUAAUAAAAACAUUAUAGAAUUGAGCAGUAUAG